AACACUCAUAGCUAGACACUGUUGGCAAUUUUUUUCUAGGCCUAGGCAGAGAUGAAGCCUCUGAAACGAUCUCUCCUAAAAGCUGGUGCUGAGCCAGUCAUACCAAACAAUGCUGACUCGGAUCACAGCCUGGCUUCUCUAUACUUCAUCACCUGGAAAGACAGGGACCCGGGAAGUGUUUUUCACAAAUUUCCAAUUGCUCGUGACGACGAUGCCAAUCGUGUGCCACUAACCUUACCCGAUUCAGUCCCUGCCCUGUCAUGGACCAUCAAGGGUUCUAUUCCGUAUAUUUUGGAAACCAGCUUUAUGUGCAACGCAAUUUACAUUAGGGAGGAGUACCCCGUCAUGCUGUCUGCUCUCUUCAAGGCACUCUAUGAUUUUGGAGGUGAUGCAUUUGGAUAUCAUCGAAUCGACGUCAAAACACACCAGGAUGAAUUUCCUCCUGUCAACCCGUUUGGGAAAAUGCAGGUCCGAAAGGUUCCGUUGGCCAAAGCACCUUUUAUUGUUGUCACCGGAACACCAGGAAUUGGGAAGAGCAUGUUCCUGUACUACAGUCUCGCUUUGCGUCUCCUUGUACAGAAGUCAACUGUCCUGCUUUAUAGGAAAGGACGGUGCCUUAUUUUCCAUGAAUGUGGAAUAUAUUCCAUGACGCUUGAUCAACUGGAUACUGUGGUUGGUCUCUUGCCGAUGGAAACUUGGUUUUUGGUCGAUAGCAAUGAAGACGUCGUUAGCCCACCUGAUUUCCUCAUCGCACAGUGCAGAACUACUCCUCGACUCAUUGUUGUUGCAGCGUCGCCAAGAAUAGAACAGUUGGAGUUUACGGACGACUUUAAUGCUCCUCAACUCUGGAUGUAUCCAUUUAAAGAGAAAGAGCUCUACGAAUCGAUGGGUAUGCAGCUCAGGCGGCAGAAAGAAAUUCAACUACAAGCCUUUUAUGAGAAAUUCGGUCCCAUUGCACGCGAAGCGUUCCAAUUUUCUGGAAACCUGGACGGUUACGAAGAUAUCAUUCUACGUGAACUUGGCUCUACUUCGUUGAAGAGCCUUCCAGACGUAAUUUGCUGGGCAGCCAGUGGUAAUUGUGAAGGCGGUUGGUCCCACAGGGUGCUUGUUACUUACCCUAGGGAUGACAGUGAUCGUACUGAAUUCAAUAUCACGAUUCCGACGAAGAAAUUUAGAGAUUUGGUUCUUGGUCGCCUUAUAGCACACACAGUGCAAGAAGCUAGGACGGCUUGCAGCUUAUUCCUUUUAAACCAGAAUACGAGGGCUGUUGUUGGCCAUUUGUUGGGGCCAAUCUCCUUAAGGAUUCUUCUGGACGGUGGUCAGUGGUCCAUGAGAAAGAUGCAUAGAACUGAUGCACCACCGAAAAAUACGCAUUGGAAAUUUAACCCCGCAAGCGAGGAGUAUGUCCUUCGCAUUGGACACACGGGUUAUCAGAAUUAUGAAAAAGACAGUCCGCCGCCACAGGAGAUCGGGUUGCAUGUACCAGUUGCAGCAAAUCAGCCCACCUUUGAUGCGGUUGCGCGUGUCGACGACACGGUCAACCCUUUCGUCAUUUUCCAAAUGACGUGCACCAAAGCUCAUAAACUUAGCUCUACUGGUCUGAACUGGGUGGGACAAGGUAAAGUGGACAUCAUAGUCGUCACAAGCUGGGAUGGUGGAGAAGAUAUAGAGAUACUCAAGCAAGAAGCAGAUAAACGAACUGGCGUCGGGCAUGUGGAGUUACUAGCAACACAGGAAGAACAGAGCCGGAAUCAGUAUGCACCUCCCGUCAAGAUUCGAUUGGAUCCUUUUGGACCCACUCUGUUUUUAGGCCCUCGCCUCGAGGACUGA